CCGAUGCUUAGUGAUCAGUUUGUUUUGCGACCGAUGUGCGCGCGCGUUCACCGCGUUCUGUCGUUCCGAUUCGUAUUCGUCGGUUUGCGUUCGCGUGCGGACCUGUUCCCGGUGAUCGGAGAGGAUCGUUCUCGCGAGCGUGCCCUUUUUUUAUUCGUCACUAGUGAUGUAAUAUAAGGUAUUGGAUAAAAUUGAGGAAACUCUAAAAGCUUAUUUUUGUAUUCGAUGAAUAUCACUGUCUAUCUGUAAAAUUCUAAAACAGAACUGUACUUAUAAAUAUUGUGAAGUUCGAUGAUUUGUUACCGAUUGUGAGAUAUCAUUUUACUUCCCCGAAAUGGUGUCGAGCAAUAGCACAAGUAGAUGUCCCCGGUCCCGGCGUGUAGUGUGUGUAGUGUGGAGUGGUGAGAGUGAGUGGAGUGAGUGGAGUGAGUGCAGCGAGUGCAGCGAGUGCAGUGAGCGGCGGAGCGGCGGAGUGCGGCGCGGUCACCGCUUGGGCUUCACUCACGCGACCACGUUGGACACGUCGGACACGUUGGACACGUUGGACACGUUGGACACGUCCGACACGUUCGUCACGCACCGCCUCACGUCCACACUUCGGUUACAUACAUUUACGCGAACCGCUCGCCCGCGCUCUCGGGCGCGCUAGUAUUAUCGUAUCUUAAUAGACGCUUAAGAGAAGCAAUGGCUACGCCGAUUCAUAUCAAUUUUGUCCGUAUAGUUUUAAUAGUUCCAAUUUGUAAGCUUCUCACUGUACCGAAACGACGCAGGUCGCGUCUAGCUAUGCGAGGACGGCUGCCGCCGGUCCUCGGGAUUAAGGAGUUUAGAGAAAUUUUUGCAACGUUAUCUAUAUAAGCUUAACAAAUCAGCUGUGAAAUCGGUACCAGAUUCACUUCCGUCCUAAUUCAGUACGCAUCAUAAGAAUCGAGCCAUUUUAUGUAACGCGCACUUUCCACAAACCUAGUUAAUGUAAUUGCCUUCCCCUGAUUACAUUAGCUGCGGGGCCCGCGGCGCUCCCCGGCCGGGUCCCCGCCCCUGUAUCUCACACAGCGAGCGGGCUGGUACUGCUUCGACGAGUGUUGCUCUUGCAGAUUACAUUUUGACGAUGUUGAUAAUGUUUAAUGUUCAUCCACGAUGUACGACCGAUUCGGCUACUUGAAAGACAUCACUAUAUUAGCAAUAAGAUAAUAUUGAUAUACCUAAGAGAUCGAACGUCCCUUACCGAGUAAGGUAGAUAUUAUGAAGUAUUGUUUAUUUUUCGAUUGACAUCUCUCUAGAUAGACGGAGCCCCUGGCCGGACGUCGCCGUCUGCUCACGACGGUCCACUCUGUGACAGUAUUGUCUUUUCUAGCACAACAGACUAAUGAAUCAUUCAAUUUUUGUAAUUUAACUUUGGAAGUGGUCAAUUUUCUACUACUCUGUAAAUAUUGAGAGCUUAUUGCCGGGUAGAUCCCAAACCGCACGUCGCAACACGUAAUUUAUUAUAUUAUGUCUACUAUCUAUUGAUAUCAGCGAUACGUAAUAAGCUUGAAGCAAUAACGUUAACGUGUGCUCGACGAGAGGUUUCGCUUUUCAUUACCUUGUAUGGAACAUGUCACCGAAUAGUUGUGUGCCGGUUGUUUUCAAUUCGUUUACAUAAAAUGUGAAAAAUUAUCUCAAGUGCAAGACAAUUCUAAGUGCUGCAAGGUUUAAAGAGUCAGUGUAUCGUAAACUAAAGAGACGCUUACAGUUUUGCACAUAUUUUGCAAUAAUUAUGGUUACAACAUAAUGAUUAUGUAGAUAAUUUUAUAAAGACAGCGCGGGGAGCGAGCGGGCGAGGUUCCCCGGCGCCCGCGCCCGCCCCGCGCUCUGCGGUCGCGCGGUCGCGACUCUUGCGUUCCCUCUUGCGUUACGUCAGACGUUACUUUACAUUCAACACAAGGUAACUAGUUAUUCAGAGCCGUGUGGAGCCACUCAAGCUCUGUCCUCUAAUAUAUAAUAUUAUAUUGCGCUUUGGAAGACUGAUCGGAUAAGAUGAUCUUGAACAUUUGUUUUAAAUGUCCUUGUUGACGUGUUUGUAAAAAUCUAAAAUCAAAAUCUGUAACUUAAAAUCACGUAAGUAUUUUAAGUUUAGAAAUAUGAUUUAACUCGACAAUACUGAUGUUUUCACCUAGUUAGUGCCGUGUAAACAAUCAAGAAUGUACACCAAUUGUUGAUUAUUAGCUAUUAAGGUAUAAUACUUACCGCUUAUCGCCAUAUUAGUAAAUGUGAAUAUAUUGUACCUACGGUUAGCCAGUAAACAUUAUAAACAAGCUAGUUGAUUAUUUGUCGUUACUACAAACCACUUAGAAAUCAGAAUUUGUUUUCAAUUGUUUAAAUUCCAUAUUUUAUUUCAUUUCAUAGAAUGAUAGCCAAUCAAAAAUCAAGAUAGACACGUAGUACAAAUGAAACGUGAUUGAUUAUAAUUUCUUUCUAAUUAGCUAGUACUUUUGUUAUCACAGAAAUGCAUUUAUUAAAAAUUUGUAAGCAUUUAUGUGAUAAGAACUACAAUCUAAGAGUAUUUCUUAUUUAAAGCUCCUUAUAGCGUUAGGUAUCGAGAUUGACAAGUUCCAUACGGCUCUAUGCGGCAUACAUUUACCAAUAUGUCGUCACUUUAUGUUGGUGAAACCAAAGAUUAUAACUACUAUUAGGCAUAUUUGCACAAAGAAGUUGUGUUUAAUUAAGUUUAGACAAUAAGUUAUAAUAUCAUUGUAUUGUUUAUUUUAACUAUACUUAUGACAAAAAAGUGAGUUCAGUUUGCUGAAUGAUAGAGGUUUAAUUGAG